AUGUCGAUCCUGCCACUACACCACAACAACGGCGCCCAUCAAACCCGUCCACAGGAUCAGGCUCUACCCAUGGAACCACUGCGCCCUCGCGACGACCUCGCCAUCGCUUUUCCUGCCCCUAGUCAUGCAGGCCGCUGUACCUUGUGCAGUUCCUACUCUACCGCCCUCACUCAACUCGCUUCUCUCCCAACGACACCGAAACCGAUACUCACCACUCUAACGCCCCUCGCUCCAGUCCACGACCAUCUCCUCGCCCUCCUCCUCAAGCGGGAAUACCUCGGCCCGAGCGCGACCAUGUCCCUGGCACCAGCGAUCUUCGAUCAUGCAAAAUACAAUCUUUAUCGUCGCGUCGGGAUGACUACGGGGCUGUUGGUAGGCUUGGAGAAGAGGAAGAGUAGGAAGAGAAAGUUGGAUUGUCUCAGGUGUGUUCAAGAGCUCGAGAUCGACACGAUGGAAGGCAUGUGGGCCCUCACAAACCUCCAUUCUCAUAAACGUUCACACCUCUCCGUACCACUGCUCAACACUCUGCCUAAUGUGCACACAGUGUAUAUUCAUUGCCGCGUCUUAUCCGGUGAAUAUAUUCUGGAAAGACGGUGGGAGAACGGUGAAUGUGAUGUGGAGAUGCUGUGGGGCGAGUUGAAAGAGGGGGUGAUGAAGCAGCUGGGCGGGGGUGCGCAGGUCGUUUUUUACGGGACAAAUGAUGUCGAUGAUGAGGGGAGGGCAAUUCGGAAGCGUAAAACGUUUGCUCUGCCCGGGCGACUUUUGAAAGCUGAAGGCGGUGAAAAGCUCAGAUAUCAACGCCGAAAGAAGGUUGCGACUCUCAUCUUAAGUUUCACGUUGAUUUUCAGUGCGAUCAUAGUGAUUGCUACGUGGGGGGGUGUGGGGUAUGGCAUGUGGGAAAUAGCGCAUAAGAAGAAGGGCCAGAAUUGA